GUCGAAGUAAACACUCUUUUAGUUUUUAAGGAGAAAUACGACGGUGGCGCUUUUCAGUGACGUGGGGGAGAGCAAGGAAGGUGAAAGGUCACGGGUGCUGCAGCCUAGCUCAUGGCGUCCGUCUUCAGGACCGUGAGGUUCUUUACAAAGGCUGGGAUAAUUGGAGGGACUGUGUACUUCGUUUAUGACCAAGACUUACUGGGAAAUGGGGAACAAAGUUGUGAGAUAUUGAAGAAGGGGUCAACCGUCAUACCGGUUGCUGUGGAUCAGUGGACAAAGUAUUUCGGAGUGGAGCUACCAGAUGUUCCCAAGCUGAAUGUGCCCGUAGCUGAGUACUGGAAUACAGGAGUUGAAGCAACGGCAUACUUCUUGUCGGCUGCACCUACAAAAUGUAAUGAAUACACUCAGAAGGGCUGGCAGUACAUCAAGAAUAUGACCGACAGAGCACAGUGAAGAGCUCCAUCAUUGUCAUAAGACUUUUUGUUCACGACCACAGACUGUAACAAAAUGUAAAUACUUAUAUGAUGGUAAUAAAAUUUAUUUGAACAUG